CUUGUUGAUUACAAUAGCACAAGGCGGCGUUUGGUCGCGGCUCAAACCUUGUUCGUUCGGAUGGCAAGUGACAGCGAGUUAGCCUCUUGGCUACCUCUUUUCAGCUGAACCUAAGACAGGUUCGGAGGGGUUUCGUCUGCGAACAUCAAUGUCGACGCAAGAUUAUGCGACGGUCCAAUGGCUGCGUCAGUUGUCGUCGACGCAAAAUCAAGUGUGCUUUCCGCAGACGAGACGAGACCGACGUGUCGGUCAUGCCAGCAAGAUGGCUUCAGCUGCGAGUACACCACGGUGCAAUUUGUGCAGAGCAAACUCACCCAGGUAGCGAAGCGAGAGCCACUGUCGACGAUUCCUUCUCAAGUGCUCAUGCCUCGAGCCGUUCAUGAUGGCCUCGUCGCGUCCGCGUACCACGUCAUUCAUGUCGAAUUCAUGAGAGACCGUCUGGUUUCAUCCGAAUCUCCCGCGCCAUUUCACACAUGGCCCGGCUUUCUCGCCGACUGUGAUGAGUUUCCCCUCGGACGAAAGUGUCUGUCUACGCUGGCACAAGCGUUUGUCGGCCAGACCAGGGGCUUGCCCGAGCUGUCCAUGUCGGGCACCCGUUCCUAUCUCGAAUCCGUGCGAUCGCUCCAGCAUGCCCUCAGCCUCCUAAGCGCACGCUCGAGCAAUGACACCCUCUUGGCCGUCAUGAUUCUCGAGCUCUACGAGAUGCUCAUGCUUUCGAGCCACGAUGGCUGGAUCCGUCAUGCGCUGGGGCUGGCUAAGAUCAUCGAGAUACGUGGGCCGCAUUCAUUCUGCGAUCCAUUCAGUCUGAAGCUGUUUGAGACAAAUCGUUUCAUCGUCUGCUUGGCAUGUCUGGCGUCGUCUUCACCCACGUUUCUCUCACAAGCUGCUUGGAAGCGGAUUCCAUGGCAGGCCAAUCCUUCGUCCAAGGAUAGUAUGCAAUGCUUGCUGGAUUCGUUUGCGGAUUUGACCACCCUAAAGUCUCGCAUAUCUCACGACCGACCGGGCGCGACAACGCGCGAUGAAAUUCAGCUAAUUAUCGAUCUCCUUCCCCAGUGGCGGGAGGAGUGGGAUGCACAAAACUGCGGCCACGCAUGCGAGGUGCCGAAUGAAGACCCUGACGAUCGAAACAUUAUCCCAUCUGUCCUCACUUUUUCGACAACGCUUGUGGCGAAUUGCGCCUGCAUCUACAAUGCGACCAUGAUUCUGGCAGUGAGCUUGACCUGGCUACACACUGGAGACGACGGCGACUUUAAGCACAAAAGCCUCGCAUAUACCGCGGCCAUGGAUAUCUGCAAGAUUGUCAAAAACUACAUCCCACAGGCUGCAGGUCAGAUGAGCACGCAAUUCACCCUCCUCUACCCUCUGCGAAUGGCGUGGACUGUGUUCCAUCGAGAGUCACAUUCCCAACAACAACACUGGGUCGAACGAAUGCUGAAACAAAUUAUAUUGACCGGAAACACAUGGUCGGUGGCCAGCCAAACCUUGUUGCCCUUUCCGCGCCAAUGAAGACAUAUCUCACAAGUCAUCCACGAUUACCCACUUCAACUUCUCCGCCUUCUCCAAAUCCGACGCCUCGCCUUUAUCUCUCGAUCGCGAACGUGACCUUGACUUCGAUCUCGGCUUUUCUUUUCCCUUCGUUUUCUUCUUCGCCGACUUGGCCGCUUCCUUUUCGGCCUUUUCGGCCUUCUUUUCGGCCUUCUUGUCGGCGUCGGAUCUCGACUUG